AAGAACAAUCAACCAAACCGAGCGAAGAAAACUCAAACAAACAAAAACAUCAGUUAGUCUAUAAACCCUUUCACAUAAGAAAACAAAAUCGCUACUAAACGAAGCAUUUUGUUGAGAUCGAAGGAUGGAAUAUCUAGGGAUUGAUCUGAGCUGCGCCGUGGGAUCCCUCCGCAACGGCAACUUUCCCGACAAGGAUUGCUUGCUCCCUCUCAUUUCCAAACUUCUCGGUUACGCCAUCGUCGCCGCUUCCACCACCGUCAAGCUCCCUCAGAUUUUGAAGAUUCUGAAGCAUCAGAGUGUGAGAGGUCUUAGCAUGAUAUCCUUCGAGCUUGAAGUUGUUGGAUAUACCAUCGCCUUGGCUUACUGCCUCAGCAAAGGCCUUCCGUUUUCGGCUUACGGAGAGUUGUUGUUUCUUUUGAUCCAAGCUUUAGUAUUGGUUUCUGUAAUCUACUACUAUUCUCGACCUCUGAAGACAAUAACAUGGAUCCGGGCAUUGCUAUAUUGUGCUGUAGCACCCACUGUCUUAGCUGGUCAAAUUGAUCCUCUCCUCUUUGAAGCUCUGUAUGCAUCCCAGCAUGCAAUCUUUCUCUUUGCGAGGAUCCCACAAAUAUGGCAAAACUUUUCUAACAAAAGUACAGGGGAACUCAGCUUCUUAACUUGUUUUAUGAAUGUCGGAGGUUCGAUGGUUAGAGUAUUCACCACCAUCCAAGAAAAUGCACCCAAAACUGUUCUAUUGGGCUAUGUAAUUGGUUUCGCAACAAAUUUUACCAUCUUAAGUCAGAUAAUAGCAUACCAAAAUCCUCGGGUUGAAAAGGAGAAGAAAACGAAGUAGUGGGACCAAUCGGGUGUGUAUAUCUCUUCAGCCUGGCCAACUCUCAGCAGGUGUCACUGCAUCCAAUCCACACGCAGAAUUUUGUCACUCUUCAAUCGACUCAUAGAACAUUACCUUAUCUCAAGUUUCAACUGCUGAUACGUGGACCAUCUGAAGGUAGUCAGCAGUGCAAAAUUAACAGGUGAUUAUUAUCAUUUUUAUUUUGGAACCUGAUACUAUUAAGCUUAUUAGUUUAUCGCUAUUUAUCAAGCUUAAAUUUAGAGGAUGCAUCAAUGUUCUUUGUAAGAAUUUCUUAUCAUGAUUGUAAGGUUUAGUUCUUUUUUUUUUUUUUUAAUCAUAAAAUGAGUAAAAGAAAACACUCGAUGGUUUCUCACACCGGCCUUAAUACGCGACAUAAAUUUACCUUGGAGAUUUCAUAUUGUUUCGCUUACUAUUCACUUUGGUUGAAGUCCUUAGUCGCCUUCCAAACUGCCUUGGGCUAAAGAAUAUGCAUUCACUGGCUUAUGCCAUGAGCGCUGUAGCACGCAAAUUUUAAUUUUUCUGUGCAGGAUUUUCUCUAUUCCCGGCCAAUCUAUCAGAAGGGCGAUGCCAUGUAUUUUUUUUCUUUCCUCAUUUAAACUUUUUCCCUGUGGGAUGCAACAAUUCUGUAAUUGAAAUAUGUUUUAUAAUAAUAUAUCACAGCAAAAUGCUUUUGGUUUUA